CCUCGCUUUCUCCGAGCCGCUGCUCCACGGUUUGGCACGUUUACGCUUGUCCUGCCCAGCCCCUGCUUCGCUUUUAUUUUAUUUCGGCUCAAAAAAUUUUUGGACGUGCCUUUAAUAAAAAGAUACUAUAUUUUUAUAGUGACCCUGGCUGUAAGAAGACGGCAGGAGGGAGCAGUGUGUUUGUUCUGGUCAGUAGGUGAGAUUAGACGCCGUUGUUUGGGGGUAACAUGGCGGCGAUGUCAGUGGGGGUAAGCGGGUUGUCCGGACCGGCCGUGGCCCGGCUGGAGGGCCGUGAGUUCGAGUACCUGAUGAAGAAGCGCUCGGUGACCGUGGGCCGGAACUCCUCUCAGGGCUCCGUGGACGUGAGCAUGGGUCACUCGAGCUUCAUCUCGCGCAGGCACCUGGAGCUGUUCACGGCCGGGGAGGAGGACGGGGCAGGGGGAGACUUUUACCUCCGCUGCCUCGGGAAGAACGGCGUGUUCGUGGACGGCGUGUUCCUGCGCCGAGGAGCGCCUCCGUUACAACUGCCCCGAGUGUGCACAUUUCGUUUCCCCAGCACGAGCAUAAAGAUCACGUUCACAGCAUUGGGGCAGAUGAGGAAGGAGCCGAAAGAGGCGGAGUCUCCGGUGAAAGCGGUGCAGCCUCAGAUCUCCCCGCUGUCCAUCAACAUCCCUGAUAACAUCGCUCACCUGAUGAGCCCCCUGCCCUCGCCCACCGGGACCAUCAGCGCGGCUAACUCGUGUCCGUCGAGCCCCAGAGGUGCCGGAUCUUCGGGGUAUAAAAUGAGCCGCCUCAUGUCCUCGGACCUGCACCUGAUCAACGACCACGCACACUCAGAGAACGAUAAAGAGGCAUCAGGAGGAGACAGUCCUAAAGACGACUCCAAACCUCCGUACUCCUACGCCCAGCUGAUCGUGCAGGCCAUCACCCUCGCACCGGACAAACAGCUCACACUCAAUGGCAUCUACACACACAUCACCAAGAACUACCCCUACUACAGGAGUGCAGAUAAGGGCUGGCAGAACUCGAUCCGGCACAACCUGUCUCUGAACCGGUACUUCAUCAAGGUGCCGCGCUCUCAGGAAGAGCCGGGGAAGGGCUCGUUCUGGAGGAUAGACCCGUCCUCAGAGGGGAAGCUCAUUGAGCAGGCCUUCAGGAAGCGCAGACCUCGAGGAGUGCCCUGCUUCAGGACCCCGCUCGGACCACUCUCCUCCAGGAGCGCCCCGGCGUCUCCCAGCCAUUCCGGAGUUCUCUCCGCCCACUCCAGCGGCGCUCAGACCCCUGACAGCCUGUCCAGAGAGGGCUCGCCCGUUCCCUUGGAGAUAGACUCCGCCCCGCCCCCUGUCGCCGCCGCUGCCAUGCAGCCGAAACUGGCCGUGAUCCAGGAGGCUCACCUGGCACAGGCCACGCCCGGUUCUCCGGUGAGCAGCGCUCCGGUGUUGAUAGCGGUUCAGAGACCCGUGGUGUUCUCCUCGUCCACCUCCUCCGCAGCUGCUCCUCAGACGUUGAUGCAGACUCUCCAUGUUCUCCAUCAGAUCCCCGUCAGUGCUGCUAAACCUCAGGAGAACGGAGCAGCACACUCGGACGGCAAAGUGAAAGUAGAAGCCGUCCCCACCAUCACCCACACAUCCAUAGGCUCAGCCAAUCGGAUCAUUCAGAGCAGCGCGGCCACGCCCCUCCAGACGGUUACCAUAGUGCAGCAAGCCCCACUGGGUCAGCACCAACUGCCAAUCAAGACCAUCACACAGAACGGCACACACAUGGUGCCCAUUGCUACAGCCAGCACAGUAUCCAGUCCUCUCCACCUGUUGGCGGCCCACGCGUCCGUCUCUGCUUCUCUGCCCACUAAACGACAGAAUGGAGAGAGCGAGCAGCCUGAGAGUAAACGACAGAAAACGGAGGUGCAGCAGCACAGCACCACCUCUGACCCUAAUGGAACGGGUGACACGGACACGCCCACUGCUGUCAAUCACAACUAGGCAUUAACAUGAGCCCGCCCCUUUCCCAAAAGCUCCACCUCUUACUGUUUGUCUUAUACACCUCUCUGUCCCCCCACUCCCUCUGUUGUCAUGUCCGUUACUGACUGUUCAAUACGAAGCAAAAAAGCUUGCACGCUCUGGAGUAAAACCCCACCCACUCUCAGACUCCGCCCACCCACCUGCUGUAUGGUGCUGUUUACGCGGACGUCAUCUUCCUCUUUUACAUCAAACACACACAUUUCUCCAAAUCUCCCAGAAGACUGCAGCACAUAUUUAUAUAUUUAUACACACAGACACACACACACACACACACACACUCUAGAGCUGGGUGAUAUGGAUGCAGUAUGUAACAGACUGAGUUUGUCUGGAACUCCAUGAAUUUCUGAUAUUUAGGUUUUUAUAAGGAAUUAUUUAAUCAAACAAUGAAUUGUGAAUAUACACAAUUACCACCAACACACUCUCUCUCUCUCUCUCUCUCUCUCUCUCUCUCCCUAUUCUAAUCCCCCCCCUCUUUUUCUCUCUCUCUUUGCUCAGUGCAUCAACAACUGAUCUUAUGUCACUCAGCUCUAACACACACACACACACACAGAUUACACCUGUGAUCUGAAGUCACCUGUCUGUAUUUGCUUGUGUGUGUGAGCUGGUACGUACACGCGUAAUUGCACCCAGAAUUAGGAGUUCCUCUCCUCCAUAUUCCACACUGCGGCAGCUCAUCUAUAACACAACUCACCAGAGACAGCCAACAACCUGACAACUGUGUGUGUGUGUGUGGUUUAUGUGGUCUUGCUUCAUUCGUCAACAUAAGGGAUCAACUCCUCCUGGCAGCUAAGCUCCCUCUCCCUCUCUCUCUCUCUCUCUCUCUCUCUCUCUCUCUCUCUCCCCCCCUCCCUCCCCCCCUCUCUCCCUCACUCACACACACAUGCAGUAUUUUGUUAUGUGGAGCACACAUUUUUGCUUUUUUGUGUACUUUGUGGACAUUUAUAGAGACAUAUUAAUUUCCUUGGAAUUCCUCGUUGGAUGGAGCAGUCAUGGAGGAUCCUGGAUUCGCCUGUCUUCAUGUUCGUUUAGGAAAAUUCUUUCCUUUUUUUUUCUGUCAAACUAGUUUUGUUUUUGUUUUUUAAAAAAAAAAAAAAACAGAAAUAUAUAUAUAUUUCUGUUUUUUUUUUUAUAUA